AUGAGUAUCAACAUUCCCGACAUGUUGCAUGCGUCGCCGACUCAUGCGCCGCCUGACAUCAUGGUCGGCGGGCAUCACGCCAUCACCGCCCGCCUCAUGCCAUCACCCGAAGGCUGUUCGCCGUGCCGAUUAUUCUCCGACCCUGACUCGGUGACCUCGGUGACGGGCACGAGGUCACGCACCUCCCUUCUUGUCUUCACUCCACGACCAUCCCCUGCCGCUCGUCGUGCCCGUCGUCCCUCUGGGUAUGUUGCUCUGCAUCUCGGCUCCCCGCCGCUGUCGCUCACUCACUCCAUCCCCAGUGUAGUCCCUCAUUCCCAACUCACUCAACUCGGACGUCAAGUUGGCCGUCGACAACGAACGCAAAGCUUGCUGGCCUCUCCGACGUUGAACGCAAUGCUGUCGACGGUCACCACGAACUUGAAGUCGCGACUUCCUCAGGCUGGCUGUCAUGUCAACGCGACUGCGACCCUGUUUCUUUUCCCAUCCGUUUUCAACCUUGGCGUCGUCGCUGUGGCGACACGGGACCGCUAG